AUGCGAUUGUCUUUGGCAGUCAGCGUCCUCGUCUUCGCGGCGGUCCAGACGGCCCGCGCGGCGUUCUAUGUGCCGGGGGUGGCCCCAGAGAGCUGGGAGGAAGGUGAGAAGCUUCCUCUAAACGUGAACAAGAUCACGUCCACGAAAACGUUGGUGCCGUACGAGUACUACUACCUUCCGUUUUGCGCGCCGUCGACCCCCGAGGAACAGCAAGAAAACUUGGGCGAAAUCAUGUCGGGUGACGCGAUUAUGGACUCCAUGUAUGCGCUGCACAUGAACAAAGAAGUGCGGUGCCAAGUGCUGUGCAAGCCGAUGACGUACACGCCAGAAAAGUCGGCGCUCUUUGUCGAAAUGAUCGAAAACGAGUACUACGUGCAAUGGGUGCUAGACAACCUCCCUGUGCUGUACCAAGACCCGUCAUUCGGCAACGAAGGUGCCGAGGAUAACAAUCCAAACGCCCCUUUGUCGGCAGCGUAUCACCGCGGUUUCCCCGUUGGCGACAUUGACGAAAAUGGCAAGUACUACCUGUACAACCACGUGCGCAUCGUGGUCUUGACGCAUCCCGAUCCGUACGCGGACCCUGGUGUGCCCAAGUGGCGCGUGGUCGGGUUUGAGGUCGUGCCGACGUCGAUCGAGCACGAGUUCAGCGGAACCCUCACCAGCGGCAGCGAAUUGGAAUCGGCGACGUGCGGCAAGUUUGUCCAAGUCGAUGAAGCCAGCGAAUCGCGCCGCAUGUACUUGGACCCGACCAAGACCAACACGGUGCUGUACACGUACGACGUCCAGUUUGUCAAGUCGGACAUUUCGUGGGAAAACCGGUGGGAUCGCAUCUUGUCGUCGCGCGCGUCCAACGACCAAAUCCACUGGUUCUCGAUCGUCAACUCGCUCAUGAUUGUGCUCUUCCUCACCGGGAUGAUCGCGAUGAUCAUGCUUCGCACGCUCCACCGCGACAUUGCGCGAUACAACGAAGUUCAGACGACUGAAGAAGCCGCCGAAGAAAGCGGGUGGAAGUUGGUCCAUGCCGACGUAUUCCGCCCGCCGUCGUACUCGCCGAUGCUCUUCUCGGUUGUCGUCGGCACUGGCGUUCAGGUUGUGUGCAUGUCGUCGGCCACCAUGGUCAUCGCGUUGUUGGGCCUGCUGUCCCCCGCCAACCGCGGCUCGCUCCUCACGACCCUUCUCCUCCUCUUUGUCUUUAUGGGGUCGUUUGCAGGGUACCACAGCUCCCGCACGUACAAGAUGUUUCAUGGCAAGGACUGGAAGCGCACGAUGUUGCUGACGGCCGUGUUGUACCCCGGCGCGCUCUUUGUCGUGUUUUUCUUUUUGAACUUGGCGUUUUGGGCCAAGGCGUCGUCGCAAGCGGUCCCGUUCGGCACGUUGUUUGCGCUGCUCGUGCUCUGGUUUGGCAUUUCGAUGCCGUUGGUGUGCCUCGGGUCGUACUUUGGGUUCAAGCAGCCAGCGAUCGAACAGCCCGUGAAAACCAACCAAAUCGCGCGCCAAAUCCCAGACCAAGUGUGGUAUUUGUCGACUCCAUUUGCCGUGUGCAUCGGCGGCAUCCUGCCGUUUGGGGCAGUCUUCAUCGAGCUCUUCUUUAUCAUGUCGGCGCUGUGGCUGCACCAGAUCUACUACGUGUUUGGGUUUCUCUUCCUCGUGCUCGUGAUUCUCGUCGCGACGUGCGCGGAAGUGACGAUCGUGAUGUGCUAUUUUCAACUGUGUGCGGAAGACUACCACUGGUGGUGGCGCUCGUUCCUCACGUCCGGGUCGGCCGCGCUCUACCUGUACCUAUACUCGUUCCUGUACUUCUUCUCGAAGCUCAACAUCACGGAAGUGGUGUCGGCGUUCGUGUACUUUGGGUACAUGGGCAUGAUCUCGCUCACGUUUUUCUUCCUCACGGGCACGAUCGGGUACUUUGCGUGCUUUUGGUUCAUCCGCAAGAUUUACGCAUCCAUCAAGAUCGACUAACGCGCAUCCACGGCGGCACGAAACAAGUAUGCAUGCUUUUUAAGUAGACAUAAUGCACCGAGCUUUGUGUCACAACCUCUACUUGUACUCGAGUCUCCACCGAUUGAUGCACGCACUCUCGCAUCGGAUGCAUGCAAUGCGCCCCAACCACUCGCGUUGGGGAGCUGCAUGAGAUCCCGUUGGUAAACGAUCUCUACUAACAUGGAGGCUCCAUCAAGGACA